GGUGUGCGUGAAAAUAUGAUAGGUGUGAAGAGGUGGGGGACAAGCAUUGCUCUUCGCCUCCCCCAUCACAGUCGCCCGUUGGUGGUUGCCAGGCAUUUAUCAAAGUGGUGCGGUCGGUGAAAAUUGCAGUAGCUGUCUUUGCCUCAGCCCUUAUCUCUACCUCUCUCCCUCCCACUUUCUCCCAGCUACAACUAAGCAUCAUCUGUGUUCUCUCAGAUUAAGACUUGCUUUUUUGCUGGGAUUUUUUUCCCAGACUUCUUAUUGCUUACCUCAAGCUCUCUCUCUCAACUUCAAUCCUCACGACUGAAAUUUAAUGUAUUUUUACCUUCGUGGUACUUUGCUGGUUCCGGUCACCUCUAAAAGGCACCUGUGAUUGUGUUGUAGUGUAGCAGCUGUUUGAUCUGACUGUAGGGGAACAUGACUACGGUGAAGGAGGCACAGAAAACAUCUCAACAACAAGAGCAGGAGCUGGUGGGGAGUAACCCUCCUCAGAGGAACUGGAAGGGAAUUGCGAUUGCCCUGUUGGUCAUUCUGGUCAUCUGCUCCCUGAUCGUCACCUCAGUCAUCCUGCUGACACCAGGCGAGGAUGACAGCUUGGCCCUCAAGGGGAAACUGACCGUGGGGGACAUCUUCAGGAAGAACUUCAAGGUUCACGACCCUGAGGCCAAGUGGAUCAACAGUAAUGAGCUACUCUAUCGCACACGUGAGGGGGAUGUUGUCAGGUUCAACAUGGAGACAUACGAGAGGACGGUAUUGGUGCACAACAAAAAGUUUGAAAUGUACAAAGCCAGCAAGUAUGAAGUGUCUCCUGACAUGAAGCAUGUGCUACUCGCCUACAACAUGGCACCAGUGUACCAGCACUCGUUCACUGCCUUCUACAUCAUCUGCAGCCUGGAGACUCCGGAGACAUGGAACCUGAACCCCCCAGAGGUGCGGAACGCCCAACUGCAGUACGCAGGCUGGGGACCCACAGGCCAGCAGCUGAUUUUCAUUUUUGAGAAUAACAUUUACUACCGUUCGACGGUGGAGAGCCGAUCGAUCCGCCUAGUCUCCACCGGCAAGGAGGGAGUCAUCUUCAAUGGGCUCAGCGAUUGGCUGUAUGAAGAGGAGAUCUUCCAGACCCAUAUUGCCCACUGGUGGUCUCCGGACGGUGCCCGGCUGGCAUAUGCCACCAUCAACGACACCAUGGUGCCCAAGAUGGAGAUCCCCAUGUUCACAGGAACUACUUACCCUACUGGGAGGGAGUACCACUACCCUAAGGCUGGGGAGGAGAACCCAGUCAUCUCUCUGUAUGUGGUCAACCUGAAUGGGCCCCUGCACACCAUGGAGAUGAGGAGGCCUGAGGACCAGAGGAUGGGAGAGUACUAUGUCACCAUGGUGAAAUGGGCGACUACCACCAAACUGGCAGUGAACUGGUUAAACAGAGCCCAGAACAUAUCCAUGCUGACUCUGUGUCAGGCCACCACUGGCGUCUGCACCAAGAAACACGAGGACGAGAGCGAAAGUUGGCUACACAGGCAGAAUGAGGAGCCGCUAUUCUCCAAAGAUGGUCUGAAGUUGUUCUUCACCAGAGCCAUCCCACAGGGAGGCAGGGGCAAGUUCUUCCACAUCUCCAUGUCCAUCACACAGCCCAACACCAGCACAGACACGCUGCAGUCAAUCACGUCUGGAGACUGGGAUGUCACCCAGGUCCUAGCCUACAACGAGGACAGCCAGCUAAUAUACUUCUUGAGUACUGAGGAUGAUCCGAAGCGAAGGCACCUCUACAGUGCGGACACGGUGGGCCCCUUCAACAGACGCUGUCUCUCCUGUGACUUCUAUGAAAGCUGUGGCUACGUCACAGGCUCCUUCAGCCACAACAUGAGCCUCUUCCUCCUCAGCUGCAAAGGCCCUGAUGUCCCGUUUGUAUCCGUGUACAGCACACAGGACAGACAGAAGGUGUUUGACCUGGAGACCAAUGAGAAUCUGAGGAUUAGGCUGGACUCCAUGCAGAUGCCCCACGUGGAAUACAAGGAGAUCACCAUGGAGGAUUACACACUAACGAUGCAGAUCCUCAAACCUGCCAGCUUUGUGGACUCCUCUCACUAUCCUCUGCUCCUCCUCGUUGACAGCACCCCCGGUGGUCAGAUGGUAUCAGAGCUGUUCCAAAUGGACUGGGCCACGGUGUUGGUGAGCAGCUUCGGGGCCAUGGUGGUACGCUUCGACGGGCGGGGCAGCGGCUUCCAGGGGACCAACCUGCUGCACCGCGUCCAGAGGAAGCUGGGCGUGUUCGAGGAGAGGGACCAGCUGGAGGCCCUCAGUAUAAUAUCUAAAGAGCCCUACGUUGACAAGACCAGGAUUGGAGCUUUCGGCAAAGUUUAUGGAGGCUAUGUGACCAGCCUGUUACUCAGCGCCGAGGAUUCCCCGGUGAAAUGUGGUGUAGCCCUCUCACCCAUCACGGACUUUGACCUAUACGCAUCAGCUUUUUCAGAGAGAUACCUGGGAAUGCCCAAGCCUGACCCAAGAGCAUAUACGAUGGCAAAUCUAGCACACAGGGCAUCACAGUUCCUAGACAAGAAGUUUCUGAUUGUUCAUCCAACAGCAGAUGAAAAAGUACAUUUCCAGCACACAGCUAAAUUCAUCUCCCAGCUGAUCAAUGAAAAAGCAAACUACACUCUACAGAUCUACCCAGAUGAGGGCCAUUUCAUCCACAGCGAGGCCACGCAGCAGCACCUCAGCCAGUCGCUGGUCAACUUCUUUGAGGAGUGUUUCCGGCUACCGGACAAGGUGUUCGAGGAGAGACAGGAGGAGGAGAUUGAGGAAGAGGGUUAGCCCAGACAAAACCAACACCCCAAAACAGAGCUCCAGUCUACGCCUAAGCACAAUUCCAGCCCCCAUACUUGGUUUCACAAUCCACAUAAUAUGCAACCUUCUCUUGGUUUCAACCCUCUUUAGUUAUUUUUUUUUUCAAUUUUCACCUUCUGUGUUCCCCCUGCUUUUCCACAUGAUCAACCCUGAGACUGCCGCGUUGCAGAUCAACCCUGAGACUGCCGCGUUGCAGAUCAACCCUGAGACUGCCGCGUUGCAGAUCAACCCUGAGACUGCCGCGUUGCAGAUCAACCCUGAGACUGCCGCGUUGCAGAUCAACCCUGAGACUGCCGCGUUGCAGAUCAACCCUGAGACUGCCGCGUUGCAGAUCAACCCUGAAACUGCCGCGUUGCAGACACUUGCUUAUCUCCUCAUCCUUAGUUUUUCUCCUCCUCCCCCUCACCUUUUGAUUUAGCACGACUCCACAAGAGACUAUCGGCAGCCAUUUUUUUGACAUCGACACAAUGAAUACAUUACGAUGAAGGACCACUAGCUGAUGUCAUAUCUGGAACGUGUUGAAAAGGCGGUUGUGCUAGGAAUAGGCAUUCUCUGGUCAUUUUAUGUUUAAAAGGACAAGCUCCUUGGAUUCCAAACAACUGGUGGGAGGGAAGGAACAUCAAAAUCCACACACAAACUUUACCAAUCAGUGAGGAGGGAAGACUCUAUAGCACAAACUUUACCAGUCAGUGAGGGGGGAAGACUCUAUAGCACAAACUUUACCAGUCAGUGAGGAGGGGAGACUUAAUAGCACAAACUUGUGGUCGAAGAUACAGACUCCACAUGGUAUCUGACGGGUCAAACUGGCUCCAGCCCAGUGUCUGGGGUGUGGGUGUCUGUGGAGAAGGGAAUGCUCCUAUUUUGAAAAUCGUGAAGAGACCUUUUCAUGUCGGACUGUGCUUGUGUCUGUUGUCCCUUUGUCAAGUAGCACAUUAAACAUUCCCUUCUUUGGACAUCGAUACUUUGUUUUUUCAGUGUUCAAGUUUAUCUUGGAAUCUUCUUGUAGCCUCAAGUAUGUAUUUAAAUGGUGUAGUCUUCAUUUUUCCAUGUCAUAAAAAGGAUAUGAACCGAAUCAGGUUUGUUCUUAAUUCACUUUGUCUUGGUUUUGUUGCAAAUCGUUCUCCUCCAGUCAUUUGAAAUUCGAAGCAUAAUAUAUUUUAGUCACUGUGCCUUACUUUGGGAGCAAGCGGUCCUUUUUAUGGACUCCUUUUGUGAAAACAAAAUACAACAUGGAUCAUUGUAAAGAAAUGUUCUGUUGACCAUGGCACCAACUACUGAUGGUUAAACCUUCACUCUGAACACUUUGUAAUGUUGUCAUAGAGUACGUAAGGAAUUAUGUCAAGUAAGAAAUGGUCUUCUCUAGUUCCAAAUAUAACCAAUUUACAAAAUGGUUGUAAACAGUAGUAGUUGCAUGUAUCCUUACAUUAUUUUACAGAUGUUGAAAUGGUAAUGAAAUUGUUUGUCUGGCUAACGACCACAUAAAAUGGUUAUGUUUUAGUAAAUGUUGUGGCAUUCCAACCCCUCUCAGUAUUACAAUUCAAACCAAUGGGUGGGUUUGAGGUGCCACUUUAAAAUUGGUGGUGUUGUAUGGCCAAAAGUAGUAGUAGUAGUACAUUUGUGUAUAUAAGGUCAUUAAUCGCUUAGAAUCAUUAUCACAAUCUUUACACUAUGAAAUACAAAGGAAUUCUAAAAAUUUGAAUUCUUGAGGCACGAGUCUGCAUUUUUAAUUUGUCAUUUUAUCUGAAUGCUCAUUCCUGUUACUUUGUCAAUGCAUGUUAUCAAGUUAUUUGCAACUCAAUGCGAUCUUCGAUAGCUCCAUUUCAAAAUAGUAUUUUUGACAUCUUGAAUGUUCCAUACUGGCAUUACAUUUACAGUAGUAUCGUGAUUGAGAUCCCAGUCUCGUCAGCUUGAUGUGUAAAUGUUACUCAAAUGUCAUUUUAGUCUCUUAAUAUCUGAGUGUUAUUUGUGCAUAAAUGCAUUUUGAAAGUUACAUUUAUUUUUGUUCUCCUGUUUCUGUCCCUGGGUUGAGUUUAAAGUGGCUCUGGUGAACUUUCUGACACUGGCGAUUGAACGUGAAGAUGGGACUUUUGUCAAGUGACCCAAAAUAGUACAAGAGACAGCUGUGGCAUGGGGGUAAAUAUUAGAAUAAAAAGUAGUUUAUC